AUGGCAUCAAAUAAAGAUAUGCGGAGGGCUGAUCUUGUGAUUCCCUACGUUGACCCACCGAAGAGCGGCAAUGAGGCCGAUAUGUCCAGCACAAUGUCGAGCACAAUGCCUAUGGCGGCAAUGUUCACUCGGAACAGAAUGAUUGGAUGGGUGGCCUUUGUUUUCUCACUCCAGGGCUGGCUCGGCGAGUCACCUGAACAGAAGAAGACUGCUGCAACCCCGGCUUACAUGUCGGUUCUCAUGUCUUUGAUGGCGCUUGUUGUGACAUACUUCCCUCUCUUUCUGCCUCCUCAAGGAAAAACUGCUCCUGCCGCGGCUAUGCCAUCGACUUAA